CCUUGCCAGUUCAACAUCUUCCUGGGCUAUAACCCUCAGAGUGGGACUAUCUCCUUAGACUUUAUUCCAAGGGCAAUUGUAGAAGCUUCAGGUCGAGACAAUAUCAGGUGGACCAAAACAGCAGGAAGUGCCUCUGACAGAUUUCAAGAUUCGAGUGUCUUCAAUGAAACCCUGAGGAUAUCCAACAUCCAGCGACACCAAGGAGGACGCUACUACUGCAAGGCUGAGAACGGCUUGGGUUCGCCAGCCAUAAAGUCCAUAAGAGUGGACGUGUACUAUUUGGACGAUCCAAUAGUAACGGUCCACCAGAGCAUCGGGGAAGCGAAAGAGCAGUUUUACUAUGAGAGGACGGUGUUUCUCAGGUGCGUUGCCAACUCCAACCCGCCCGUUCGGUACAGCUGGCGACGCGGCCAAGAGGUGUUGCUGCAAGGGUCUGAUAAAGGAGUGGAGAUCUACGAGCCCUUCUUUACCCAGGGAGAAACAAAGAUCCUGAAGCUGAAGAACCUCCGACCUCAGGACUACGCGAAUUACAGCUGCAUCGCCUCGGUGAGGAAUGUCUGCAGCAUCCCCGACAAGAUGGUAUCCUUCCGACUCUCGAAUAAAACAGCAUCCCCUUCAAUUAAACUUCUUGUGGAUGACCCAAUAGUGGUGAACCCUGGAGAAGCAAUCACCUUAGUCUGUGUGACGACAGGAGGGGAGCCAGCCCCCAGCCUGACGUGGGUGAGGUCUGCUGGCAUCCUGCCCGAGAAGACGGUCCUGAACGGCGGCACUUUAACGAUACCUGCCAUCACAUCAGAAGAUGCUGGCACGUACAGUUGCAUUGCCAAUAACAAUGUUGGAAAUCCUGCGAAAAAGUCCACCAACAUCAUUGUAAGAGCCUUAAAAAAGGGACGUUUUUGGAUCACCCCUGACCCAUAUCACAAAGAUGACAACAUCCAGAUUGGGCGAGAGGUGAAAAUCUCCUGCCAGGUGGAAGCCAUCCCUUCUGAAGAGCUUACGUUCAGCUGGUUUAAAAAUGGACGUCCCUUGCGAAGCUCUGAAAGGAUGGUCAUCACACAGACUGACCCCGAUGUCUCACCUGGCACCACAAACCUGGACAUCAUUGACUUGAAAUUCACUGACUUUGGGACAUAUACAUGUGUUGCAUCUCUGAAGGGAGGUGGCAUAUCAGAUAUCAGCAUUGAUGUCAACAUCUCCAGCAGUACAGUCCCACCUAAUUUGACUGUUCCUCAAGAAAAGUCACCCCUGGUCACCCGGGAAGGGGACACGAUCGAGCUGCAGUGCCAGGUGACAGGGAAGCCCAAGCCCAUCAUUCUCUGGUCCCGAGCAGACAAGGAGGUCGCGAUGCCAGACGGGGGGAUGCAGACGGAGAGCUACGAUGGGAUCCUGAGGAUAGUGAACGUGUCCAGGGAGAUGACGGGAACCUACAGGUGCCAGACCAGCCAAUACAACGGGUUUAAUGUGAAACCCAGAGAAGCUUUGGUACAGCUCAUUGUACAGUGUAAGUAG